AUUUAGAUUCCUGUCACCCCGCCUUCAACACGCUCAUGUGUCUCGUGAAGAAACUUGUUUUGACGCAGAAACCGAGCACAGGGUCUGUGCUUCACGCGGGACUAGAAGCAUUGAAUCAAGAGUUAUGUAAAACUGAGUCUUCCUUCCUGUCAACUCCAGCCACUUUUCCUGCGUUCAAACAACUUGAGGAAAAAGAGGGAGGAGCCGCUGAAUCAACUUCAGUUCAUAUCUUAUCAUAGGAAACCAGCGCCCUGCUGCUACUCCUCUCAGACGAAGCUUGGUCCAGCUGAAUUUGUUAACUAACAGCGGCGCGAUGGGGGAUUUGAUCUCAACUCAUCUGGAUGAAGGCAAACGGGAGAUUAUAACAGCACGGACAGGGGAGCUGAUGGGAGAGUUUGGUCGGCUAUAUGAACAGCAGUAUGUGGUUGCUCUCUUUAACAAGAUGCGCUAUGACAUUGAGGGUGGAGGAGGCCCUCAGAAUCAGCUCCUGCACAGAAAGGUUCCCCUAAAGAAUAAAUCCAUCUUCUCAGGGGCUUUAUUCCAGUAUCUCGAAGAGAACAAAAAAUGGAGGAAUCGUUUUCUCUUUAUUCCGGACUCUUACAACAUCAACUAUUAUGAAAACAAACAGGCCCACGACAGAGGGCUGCAUCCUAAAGGCACCAUUAACUGUGCUGGCUACAGGGUCCUGACCUCUAUGGAGGAAUAUCUUGAACUCCUUAACACCAGCUUACCAGGUGUAAAAGCUAAAGUUGGCAGUUCUCCAUUCCUGAAAUGUGCGACACAGUUUCCCCUCAUUCUCUGGCAUCCUUAUGCUCGCCACUACUAUUUCUGCAUGGUGACUGAGAAGGAGCAGCAAAAGUGGAACGCUGUCUUUCAAGACUGUGUCCGGCACACCAACAAUGGACUGUCUGAGGACUCUAAAGUCCAGACCCCCGCAUUCACAGAUGCAGUGCGACUCUAUCGGCAGACUCAUGGUCACUAUGGAACCUGGGACAUGAUGUGUGGGACGCCUCCACAGAUCCUCGCCAACCUUGUCAUGGAGAGACUCCUUCCUGAGAUGAGACCCCUCAUCACCCCCAAACUGAAGGGCAAGAUGCAUGAGAGACAGAGGAAUUGGAUGCUGAUAUCAGAUGCAGUCUAUGGGCUGGUUCUGAGCCAGACUGGGGCGCAGUAUGAAGCAGUAGUGCAGAGCUGUGAAGCAGGUCGCCCCCCUCUGGAAACCACCAUCCGCACCGACAUGGACCAGAUCAUCACUUCCAAAGAACAUGUGAGCAGCAAAAUAAGAGCACUUGUGCUGCCCAAGGCAGAGAAGCUUCUGAAGGUGAGUAUCCAGCCGUACAUCAGCUCAAUCCUGGAUGCACUGAUGGAGCCCACCAGCAGAGGCUUCUUUGAGGUGCGAGACUUGUUCUUCAGAGAGCUGGUAGACAUGAGCAAGAACCUCCUCAAUGACGGCAACAAGGAAAAACUCGGGGAGCACAUGGAGAAGAUCUCCAUGCUAGCCUUCCAUCCUGUGAAGAUGCAGAGCUGCUAUGAGAAGAUGGAGACCUUGAGUUUAGAGGGACUUCAGCAGCGCUUUGACGUUUCCAGCCCCUCUGUGUUUGUCCAGAGAGCCCAAAUCCUGAUGCGAGAGCAAAUGGAUGACGCAGUAUACACAUUUGAGCAGCUCCUGCACCAGAGUUUGGAGGACCAGGAAGCGGAGGAUCUCUGUAAAACCAUCCAGGGCUGCCAGGAUCGUGUCAUCAAGAAAUUUGACUACGACAGCAGCACUGUUCGUAAGAAGUUCUUCAGAGAGGCUCUUCUGCAGAUAUUCAUCCCCUACAUGCUGAAACAGCUCUCCCCAUCAUGCUCUACUGAACUCCCUCGUUUCCAGGAGCUCAUUUUUGAGGAUUUCUCUCGUUUCAUUCUGGUGGAAAACAUAUUUGAGGAAGUGGUGCUGCACACAGUCAUGAAAGACAUAAUGAUGGCUGUGAAGGAAGCAGCCGUCCAGAGGAGACACAACCUGUACCGAGACAGCAUCGUUUUGACCAACAGCGACCCUAACCUGCACCUGUUGGGGGAGAAUCCUCCCAUUGACUGGGCUGAGGAUUAUGGAGGACAUCAAGAGGAGGAGGAUGGAGAGAAUGCCGGCGAUCCAGAGGCUCAAAAAAGGCGCAGGAUGAAGCAGGUGGUCUCCAUGAUCCAGGAAGAAGACCAUGCCUUUGUGCUGCCCAAUGAAUCAUGCCUGGAAGUGCCCGCUGUAGACAAUAUUCCAGAGGAGGAGGCCGAGGUACAUUCAGAAACCUUGUUAUCCCAACAGUCAGAGAAGCAAGUUCCUAAUGGAACCAAAAAGGAUGUGAACAAAAACGCGACUGAUGAGAAACCACCAACAAACGGAAGUGCAAUAAAAGAGGAAGAAAGCAUAACAGAAAAGUCACUGCAGGGCAUAGUGAGCGAGUUGGCCAUAGACUGUGCCAUACAGGAAAUCGAGAAUGCAGUACAGGAAGAGGAACAUGAACUCAGGACACCGAAAACUGCUGAGUUAUCAUCCUUGAAAGAGGAAAUCGCCGCUGAGGAGGUAAGACCCACCUCAAAUUAUGAAGAAGGGGCAAGUCUAAACCCAGCAGACACGAACAAAGAUUCACCUUCAAGCACAAAGGAGGAGCCUUUGGAUUCACCGCUAAGGGAAGGGGAAGCAGUGACACCAUCAGACCAACAGGAAAAUCACAUUACGGCGAGCACUCCUGACUCGUCACAGCGUGAUGACAGUGGAUUCCAGUCGUCCACUAAUGAAGCAGCAGAAGAGGAGCAUCAGGCGGGAAAGGAGGAAUGUAAUGACUCUGAAACUAGAGAGGACACUGGGAAGGGAGAAUGUGCACAUAUGGAUCCCUAGUGAAAUAUCUCAUAAACUGUUCAUUCAUUAAGUGUUUAUGCCUUACGUUGUUUUAUGAGCAUUACCCACUGCUCUAAAACGACUUUUGUCUGAGUGACAGGAGCUGGGUUUUUUUUUUGCCCGUAAAACACUUUUGUCUCACUACUCUGACUGUAUAGGCAUUGUUGUCUAUCUUUUUGCAUGCGCACACUCACAUUUUUUUCACUUACAAAAAACAGACACUCUUAGUUAGAGCUGGGCUCGAAAUAUGAACACAUCUCAGGUCAAAAAGUACAAUAUUCACAUUUAUUAGAAAUCUUCAUUCCUAGUUUAGUGUCAUUUUCAUUUGUGUGUGGUGUAGAAUAACAGACUACAGAAGAAUGAUGUAUUUGCAGUGGAAAACAGCCACAUUAUGCCUCAUGAUGAUAGUACAGUGUGUUGAAAUCUGCAUCUUGUAUCUGAUGCUUAUUGUUAGUGAUAGAUUACUCUUGCCAGAAUUUACACUGGCGCUGAAUUUCUUUUUUCUUUUUUUUUUUUUGCUUUCAUAAUCGGUUCGUAAUUGAAUCAUCUUUUUGACAUAGAAGUCUGCUGUGCUGCCUGCACAGGAGACAUUUAAGGAGACUUGUUUAAGACUGGAGUGUUGCUUGCAUUGCUGCAGCUGGUAACGUAAGCAUUUUUUUUCUUAAACUGCUGUCAUUUGUUGUGAUUACAGAAGUGACUGCAUAUGUUUUGUUAACCAGGCCAAACUAGUAUAACUGACUGUAAACCAUUUUCCAUAUGGUUCUUUUCACCUUUUAUUUAUUUUUUUUUCAGUCUGUGGAUUAUUUUUUAUAUUUCAUUUGGUAAUUUCAUUAUGAUAUCAGUAUCUUAUGGGUCGCACAUUCACUAUAUAGUUUUAGUUUAUGUAGAGAAUACUGUUCACUGGGUUGUGGGUCCUAGUGGAGAUAUGUGUCAUGUUAGGAUGCUUUUGAUUUAAGUACAGGUGACUUUUAUAAAGGGGAAUCUAGAAGAUUAGAGCCAUCCAACUGGUAUUCAUAUUUGUACAACGCCACUAUUAGGAAACCAGAAAGCUAUGUUUGAAAUUUGUAUUUCAAAAUUAAAUUUACAAGCACAUUAUUGAUGUGCGAAAUGGUAUCAGUAUGGUCUGACUCCUAUAUCUGGCCACAACAGCUUCCUAACUUCUUCAGUUCUGUCUAAGACUUUUUAAAGUAGUUUUAUCUAUGAAAUGACAAUAACUUUUAAUCAACGCAAUUGAAUAUUUUUAUUUAUUAGUUACAGCACUUGGUACUAUAUGUAAUCCUAACCUUUUUAAUUGUAUCCCGCUCAAAUUGUUUUGCAUUUUUAUUGUAUUGUUAUAUUUUGGAAAAAUAAAUCAGUAUCACUGAGAGUC